AUGGACUACAUUGUGGAUUCCCUAGAGAAUGCAUACCAAGAGUUUGUCAUUGCUGCAACUGAUGUGCUCGAAGCCAAGGAAACUUCUAGUGCCCAAAACACACCAGCCAUAGAAGCUGCUCUUGAGGCUUUUAAGCAUAAAUGGGAACUUUUCAAAGUCGCUUGUGAUCAAGCUGAGGAUUUUGUGGAAUCCAUGAAGCAAAGGAUUGGUUCAGAGUUGCUAAUGGAUGAGGCAAGUGGCCUAGUGACAAGGAAGUCUGGGCAAAUUGGACCAACUGGUCUUCCACACAUUAAUGGAGUUAGGUUGCAACAUAUGUUUAAAUCAGUUCGACGACUUCUCACAGAACUUCAACAUGGUUCUGUAGCUACUGAAGGUAAUGGAACUCCUGCAAGUUCAACACAUUCUCAUCCGUCAACUCCUUUUGAUGGUAGAUUCUCUGAAGAUUAA